AUGCCAGAAUUGACACUAAAUAUCCCUUUUGAGACUUCAAGACAAGCUCAAAUAGCUCAAAACACACUACUACCAGACCCUGUAUUAAAAUCAGAUGAAUUGAAAAUUGAAUACACCACUAAUGAAAAUGUUUUAAAUAUUAAAUUCUCAGGUAUAAGUGAUAGAGUUAUUCGAGUUUCUAUAAGUAAUGUUUUGGAUAAUAUUAAGACUAUUGUCGAAUGUAUGGAUGAAUUUGAUGGGAAAGAAGAUGAGGAAGGGGAUAUUGAUAAUAAUAGAAUGAAUGGUUAA